CAUGUCCUCCGCCCUACACCCGCCGCCGCCGCCGCCGCCACCGCCGCCGCCCUCCCACGCCUCCGCCGCCGGCUACGUCACCAACCUCGGCCUCGGGUACGCCAUCGCCAUCGCCCUCGGCUUCCUCGUCCUCCUCUCCGCCGUCCUCCUAGCCUCCUACAUCUGCUGCCGCUCCUCCCGCCGCCGCCGCCUCCGCCGCCAGCUGCAGCAGCAGCAGCAGCUACGCCGCGCCUCCGGCGGCGGCGGCCCGGCCCCGCCCGGCGGCGCGGGCUCCGACGGCAUCACUCCCCGCAUCAUCUUCGUGGCCGAGGACGACAACGAGGGGAGCGAGGCGGAGCAGGGCGCGGCGGUGGGGCUCGACCCGAGCGUCAUCAAUUCGUACCCCAAGUUCGCUUUCUCUAGGAGGCCGGCGGCUCGGGGGCAGCACGACGUGCUGAUCUGCUUGUGCGAGUACAAGGAUGCCGAGAUGUUGAGGAUGAUGCCCGAGUGCCGCCACUUCUUCCACCUGCUCUGCCUCGACGCCUGGUUGAAGCUCAACGGGUCGUGCCCCGUCUGCCGGAACUCCCCCUCCCCCCCGCUCUCCACGCCCCUCUCCGAAGUCGUGCCGCUCUCUCAGUACGGCGAGGACCGCCGUCGACGUCGAUGAUUAUUCCUUUCUUCCUCCUUCCUUUUUUUCUUGGGUUGAUUUGGAUGGUGGGUUUUGGUUUUUCUGCGAGUGUUCUUGGUGGGAGUGUAAAUUCUACAACAAACGAGGUGGAGGGAUUGGUUUGGAGGGUUGCUUCUCCGUUCUCUUGUUUCACUGGGUUUGCCAUUUCGAUUGAUGAUAGUUCUUUAGAGUCAAGAAGGGAUAGAAAAGCUGGAAAUUUUGACAUGUUUUCGCUGGUAGCACUUCACUGUUAGAUUGAAUUUUCGAAUUUUUUCA